GAAACAUCCCGGUGGGAAUCGCUGUUGCGCAGAUCAGACCUCACCAUGUUCAGCAGUCGAAUGAAUCUCAAGGGCCUGAGAACCUGUCAAGAGACAACAGACAUAUCCACACCUCUCUCAAUACCAAGGCUAUAACCACGGCCUCCACCGCUUUGGCGGCUCCGGCAGCGCCCAUGGCACCAAGUUUGGUGGUCACAGGUUCUACAGUCAACCAGUCUCCAUGGUUACAACAGAUGCCAUUCCCGAUCCAUCAGACCCUGAACCCAACAGGAACCGCGUUUGAUCCCAGCUUCCCAAUUACAGCUCCCAGUGGGUUCAAACUGGCUCAUGAUUCUCUGAGUGGUAGACUGUUCCUGAUUCCCAGUGGAGAUUUUGUUGAGCAAGGAGGUGUGUGGCCAUCACCAGCAUUUGCUCCAUCCGCAGAGGCAGGAAAUACCCACUACCAAGCACCGUUGAACCCUCCGACUGUCACACUGAAUGGACCAGAGAGGAGAGAGGAAAAACCAGCAGAACCUCAUUUUGGUGCUUCAUUUACCUUGACAACUACUACCGCCACCACCACCAACACUCCAACAAUUAUCGUAAACCCGGUGACUAAUACCAGCUCUAUAGCUGCAUCAGUUUUAGUCAAGGUGGAGCGACCGACGGUCGAGUCAAGAGGAUGUUCACCAAUAAUGUUUGAGGAUAUCUCAUCUCCGUUAUCCAUCUUAUCCACCUUGUCAUGUUUGACAACAGAAAAACCAAAAACCUGCUCCAUCGGAGUUCAAACUUGUGAUAGCUUAAUGAAGUCCAGCUGUAAAAGGAAGUUAUCUCCCCAGACGCUCUUGUCACAAGACCAGGCUGUUCAGACACUUUCUCCAGAUUUUACUGCAUUUAACCCUCUCUCAGUGCAUUGUCCAGAUAUUGAUUGUGUGGAUACAUUAACCCACUGCCUGGAGGAGAAGUCUCAUCUGGAUCGUGCCUCAUACAAUCCAUUUACAGAUCCACAAAUCCUCCAGGCUGCUGAUGGUCUUGAACUUUUAAGCACGCUUGCUGAGAAAAGACCUAAAUGUUCCUCUAUUGAUGAUCCGAAAAGGAUUUUCCCUUCUCCCAGUGACUCCUUCAAGUCGGAUUCAGCUAGUCUGGCUGCAAUAGAAGAUACACUGUCACCAGGAGACAUGGAGUUGAAGAGUGGGCAGUGCACACCGAGAAGAGAAAUCAGGAGGGAUCUGUCACCAAAAUGGUCACUCCCCAAGAAGGAACCUCAGAUGGCUUCGUCACUUGGGGACUUCAAAACUCCAACAGAAAUGGAGAUUUCUGAAGAUUCUGAGAUGAGAAUCAAGUUGGCUGAGGUGCAGAGACAAUACAAGGAAAAACAGAAAGAGUUGGCCAAGUUACAGAUCAAGAAAUCUGAGGAACGCAAACAGUCUAAAAGAGGGCCUGGCAGACCACCAAAGAACAAGACUCCUGGCAAGAAGUCAGACGAUGAGAGUUCCAGCAGUUCCUCAAAGACCAAAGAACAUCCACACCCACAGAAGAAGAAAAGGCCAGCCGAGGAACUUGUUGACAGGGUUUUCAGGAAGUUGCCUCCUGUCAUCAAACCAAGCAAAGUCAGCAGAUCUAUUCAUUAUGUUAAGAGCAAAACAGGACCUUUCUUUCGCAGGAAGUCUGCUUCAAGUUCUGUGAAACGAAACAAAGAUCUUUUUGGCUUUGAUGAGAAAAACUGGCCCAGUUUUUCUGAAAUCAAGCAUCAAGAGAAGGUCAAGGACAAGUGUAGCAGCCCUGAUAAGAGCAAAAGCAGGCACAGGUCAAAUUCAAGCCAUAGUGAAGACAGUAAACACAGCCAGGAUGUGGGCAAUAUUUUUUCAAAUAUGGAAAGCUUUGGAGGGGGAUAUGUUGACAAAACAGAUUAUGCUGAAAGAAUGAGACGACCAUCAAAAAGCCACUCACAGAAGCUGUUGCCUGCUACUUCAGAUAUGAUCGUUAUAAAAACAGAACUGAGUUCACCCACACCACAACAAGAAUGUGGCCUAGGGCUGCUGGCCAAGUUUGCUCUAAAUGGGUCGUCACUGACCUCCAACAGUUUUUCCACCUCAGACAGCUCCAGUCAUCUCAUAACACCCACAGCCUGCUCAUUCAGCAGUAGCAGCACUGUCAUUGGUGGUGGGACUUACAGUGUUGGUGGCAGCACUACAAACAACAACAGUUGUAACUAUAGUUCAAGCAUUGACAUUGGUUCUGUGGGAAACUUCAUGACUUCCUCUGCCUCCUUUGUGAUGAGCAUUAGUCACCCAAGCUUUGUAACUUCUAGCCUCAGAAGUUCCACACCUAAUAUGUCAGCAGCCUCAACAUUUGCUCACUUAUCAUCAUCAUCGUCGUCAACAUCUACAGCGACAUCUCUGACUGCUACAACAGCAGCAGCAUCAACAUCAUUUUCUUCGCAAGAAAUUCACCAGGCUGUCAUGGAGGAGUUUGGCAGCAGUGUAAAUACCUGUUUAGCCAGUAGCAGUUGUACUGCAGACAUCAGUGCUGCAGACGUCAGUGCUGCAGUGAAUGUCGUCAGUGAUUGUGGGGCUGCUUCAUCUGUUAGCGUUGCAGUAAACAGUUCUACAAAUAAUUUUGAUGCGUUGACAAACAAUUUCAUGGCAAGUUUUGAAGAUGCAACCCCAAACAAACGCAAUUUUGAGGAAGAUUCAGAUACAGAUGCCAGCGACACUAGCCCCAAUAAGAAGAGGAAACCAGGGCGCCCACGUAAGAUCAACCCAGACAAUGCUUCCUGUGGCACAGAAACCAUAUGGGCCAAGAAAUCCACCACCAACAUAGGACCUGUUCUGAGUCCUGAAUCCAGUUGUAACCCCAAGCCACUGUUUCUCGAUGAGGAGUGGAACCGGCGUCGUAGUGAGCGAAUUUUUUUGAGUGAACCUAGUCCUCAACCUUCUCCGGCGGCAUUAUCUCCUGUUCCCAGAGGAGAACCUGUGUGGAAGCUGUCAAAUUUUAUGCCCAAGAACAAGAAGCUGCCGCUGGAUAUCAGUAAAUCCCUCAAGGACUCUGAAAAGAACAAAGAUAUCCAAGAUUCUACAACAGAUUCAAACUCAUCUUCAACAAAUGUAUCAGUAACAAAGAGUUGUUCAUCAGAUUCAUCUAACAUCACUGUCAAAGCUGAAGGAAAGGAGUCAGUUACCCAGAUGGCUGCACAUAAAAGUGUAGAGAUCUCCACAAUGAAAGUUGAAGAUGCCAAGAAGAUUGUUAAAUUAGAAGAUGUGACCCCUUCAUUACCGCUGCUACCACUAUCUGUAAAAAUUAAAAAGAGUUUGAAAGCAGAGCUAGAGAAAAAAAAGAGCAUGAAGAAAAAGGAAAAGGUGGAUGAAACACCAGCUAAAACAAUAUCGUCACCACCAAAUUUAGACAUGAAAGAGAGGCGAGCCGAAGAAAACUCUAAAAUUAAAUUACAGAAAGCUAAGAGUCUGCAUGAUCUGACCCAACGAGUCAAAAAGAAAUUUUCAAAAGCCAGCAUUAAAAAACAGGAUGAUCUUGAGAUAAACAAGAUGUCUAAACCAGGACAGAAGAAAAGGAAGAUUAGUACUGACUCCAGUGAUACGGACAAUAUUCCCCUGGUUUCAUACAGAAUGAUCUCCCCUACUCCAGAGCCCCGAUCCUGCAAACUACAACAGGCAGAUCUCAGGGAGGGCCUGAAAGUCUUGUACCUCAUCGAUGGCCUCUUUCAUGAAGGCACUGUCAAGGCCCUGCAGCCACCAGAUGUUUAUGGUGUGCUGACAGCUGGGCAGAGGGGAAACAGACCUCACAUUCUCUGCCUGGAGGAAAUUCUCAAAUGGGCUGUGCUGGAUGUGAAGCCAAGCAGUGUACGCUGCCUCUCAGAAGGGACACGGGUUUGUGCAUUUUGGAGCCAGCAGUUCUCUUGUCUCUACCCGGGAACUGUAGCCAAAUCCAGCCCGAUGAGCAGUGGUAAAAAGAUAAUGGUCUCUGUGGAAUUCGAUGAUGGAGACAAUGGAAGAAUUGAAAUUGACCACAUUCGUCUGUUGCCAUCUGAUUUUCCUGUUGUUGAGUAUGAGCCUGAUCCCUUGGAGUCUCUGCCGAGAAGAAAGCAGAGGUCAACAUCUGAUGCAUCAGACAGGAGAAAGUCUGUGGAUAAUGAACCAAGAUCAAGCAGACAUUCUAAAGAGGAUGUGGAUAAACAGGAUGAAGACAAGGGUGAGGAUAGUGAUGAUUCAGAUGCUGAUAAUUCUGAUAGAAAAGAGACUUGGAGGUGGGACGGCAAGAGCACUAAAAGACCAGGUCUGAAGGGCAAGGCCAAAAAGAUUUUUUACAAAGCAAUUAACAGAGGCAGGGAGACAAUCAGAGUUGGAGAUUCUGCGGUGUUUGUAUCCAAAGAGCGAGUCAACUGUCCAUACAUUGGCCAUAUUGAGAGCCUGUGGGAGGGCUGGAAUGGCCAGAUGAUGGUCAAGGUGCAGUGGUAUUAUCACCCUGAGGAAACAGAAUCCAACAAGAAGCUGGCAGACCCUAAGAAUGCUCUGUUUGAGUCGCAGCAUGAGGAUGAGAAUGAUGUUCAGACGAUAGCUCACAAGUGUGAAGUGCUCUCUUACUCCCAGUACAAGAAGAGAGUCAGCAAUGCUUCAAAGAAGGGGAGGUCACUCAAGUCAGAUGUGUUCUAUGUGGCUGGUUUCUAUGAUCCUGCAGCCAAGGAUGUCACCUUUCACCCCGGAGUCUCUUGA